AAAGUACCAUGGAGAAGGAAUCUUUCUGCAUCAACUAUUGGGAGAGUCUAGAAAACAAUUUCUAAUUAUAAAAUUAUAUACAGAUCACCGAACAAAUAGUCUAGAAAUUAUUAGAAAAUUUUCUCAUCUCUCUCAAUAAAUUAUCGAAGUAUGAAAAUGGCUCAGUUUAAGCCUCUGCUUGCCCUAAUCUUCUUCUCAUUGUGUUCGAUUAUACCUUUCACUUCUGCCAAAUCCACUGAGGUUCAUUACUGCAAUAAGAAAGCCAACUACCCUGUCAAGGUUAGUGGAGUUGAGAUAAAUCCUUAUCCCAUCUCCAGAGGCAAAAAUACCACCUUCAGCAUUGCUGCAUCUACCGAGGAACCAAUCUCCGGUGGGAAGCUGACUAUUGAUGUUACAUAUUUUAUAUUUCACGUCUACAGUGAGAAACACGAUCUUUGCUUGAAGACAUCCUGCCCGGUUUCUGCUGGGGAUUUUGUUGUUUCUCAUUCCCAGGAGUUGCCUGGAAUUACGCCUCCCGGUUCAUACACACUUAAAAUGACUAUGGUUGACGCAAACAAUAAGCAAUUGACUUGCAUUACUUUCGACUUCAGCAUUGGAUUUGUUGCACCAGAAAGCUUAGCUGAUGUCUGAUGAUCAAGUUCUCGAGGAUUUGCUCAUCUUUAUGGUCAUUCCAGUCUUUGCAUAUUGUAUAGACAGAAAGUUUGUAUUUUGAAUGUUCUUCAUGUCGUAUCUGUUUCUAUUUCCCUGAUGACAUUGGAUUUAUGACUUGUAAACCACAUUACGUUAAACUUUGGAGGUUGUGAUUAUAUCUUCUCUUCUAUUA